GGGUGGGAGGUGGGAGGAAGAGGGCUGGAGGCUCCACGAGUGCCUCAGGAGCUGGUUCCUUGCCUUCUGGCGCUGCCCCGUCAUAGGCUGUGGUGGGCGAUGAGCAGCAAGGGUGAGGCGGGGGCUUGAAGGGAGCCAGGCUGUGCUGGCAGCGGGUCUGGCUCAGGGAGAGCAGUCCCUGGCACCAGGUUAGCCGCGGGGGCUGGCUGGGCAUCUCCCCCAGGCUGGCAGGCAGCUCCGGCUCCCCCGCUCAGCCAGCAGCCUCUCCAAAGCCACGAGGUGCCGGAGCUUUGUGCCGCAGCCCUCCUUCCCCAGCACUGAAGCACCAAGCUCCCUCUCCCUGCGCCGUGCCGGGCAGCAGGGGACACCCACAGACCCCCCCAGCUCGGUGUCGGGCAGCACAGAUGCACCCUGAGGUGCUCCUGGCUCUGGGAUGGGGCUUCUGCGGGGACAAUCACGAGCUCUGGGGCACUGGUGGAGACACCUGGUACCCCAUGCCAGCUCCCUCUAGGAGAGCAAACCUUUGGUGGGGAGAAGGCAGCGGCCUUGCUGGGGAGGGGGUUGUAGGCGCCCUGCUCCCUUCCAAGGGUUGAGGGACACCGUGGCCCCACGCACCUCAGGUCCCCAGCCCAUCACGGACUUUGUGCUGUGCUGUUGAUGGCCGGCCAGUAGCUGGUGGACGCACACCCCGCGGUGGGAUCCCUGCUGCCUUCGUCAUCACCCCCUCCUGAGCUGCCAGGCUCGCUUUACAGACCCCAGCUUCCUUUUAUUGCUUCCCCUCUCAGAUUGCAGCCGGGCCGCCGGGGCUAUUUUUAGCAGCCUGCCUUCUAAAAAUAGCCGCGAGCUGUUGGCAGUUGCGUCAGGAGAGGUACCUCUCCUCCGCGCGCCGCCUUGGCCCCUGCGCCCCGGGAGGCUACAAAAGGAGGCCGGGAGCAGCGGGGGUCAGCGGGUUCAGAGGCAGCCGCAGGCGGAGGAGGCGAGAGGCGCUCUGCCAGCUCCGGGCGUGCCGUGCCGGCACCAUGACCGUCUUCUGCAGCCACUGCCACAGGCCGCUGCAGGCAGAGGCGAGCUGCCUGCCCAGGAGGGCCGGGUCGGCGCCCGGCGUCUCCAAGCCGUUCAGGUGAGCCGCCCCUCGCCCGCGGGGCUGCAGGCCGGGCAGCGUGCAAUUCCCUCAGCCUGCCGUUGUGCCGGAGCAGGGGAUGCUGUCCCCCCCCCCCCUCCCCGGACAGGGCUCCCCAAAGAGCUGGCUUUGCAGGUCGACCAAGAGCGCCUCGAAGGCUCGCCGGGACCAGAUCAACGCCGAGCUGCAGGCGCUGCGCUCCCUGCUGCCCAUCUCGGCGCGGGAGAAGGAGCGCCUCUCCUACCUCCACACCAUGGCCCUGGUGUGCCUCCGGCUCCGGGGCGCUCACCUCUUCCCUCCAGGUACCCGCGGGCACCGCUGCACCUGCCCGGUGCCUCGCCAGCACGGCUCUGCACGGGGCGCUGCUCCUGGAGGCGCCUCACGCUGUGCUCCCCCUGCAGACUCGGCUCCCCCAGCGGGACCGGUGCUCGGUGCGGAGCUGCUCUCCCUGCUGCCGGGGUUUCUGCUGGUGCUCUCGGCCGGCGGCAAGCUGGUCUACAUCUCCGAGAACGUCUCCCAGGUCCUGGGCCUCUCCAUGGUAAGGCCUGGCCGCUGUGGAGUUGCAGUCGCUGUCCCCACGAGGCUCUCCUGUGGCUUCAGCAGGCCGCGAGCUCGCGGUGCGCCAGCACCCGGCCCACCGGGGCAGGCACGCUCCCUGACGAUAGCUCCCCGACCAGGUGGAGCUUCUCGCCCAGGGGGACACAGUCUUCGACAUCUUGGAUGGGCGAGCGCGGGAGGACGUGUGCAAGAAGCUCCUCCUGGCGCAGGAGCAGCCAGGCAGGGGUAAGGCUGGGAGAACGGGAGGCUGCUGGGGUGGGGUCUCACAGGUGCUGGGCUCUUUGUGGCUGCCUGGAAGGGGAGCGGGGCUGGAAGGGGAGCCCUUGACCCACCCCUGCAGGUUUGCUUCUCUGCAGAAGUCACGUUUGUCAGCGAGAUGUGCACAUCCAAAGCCUUCCGGCUGCAGCACGGGGGUAACCGGGCCGUGGCAGUGCGCGGGCGCUUCCUGGCCCCACGCUGGCCGGCCUCCCCCACUGCAGCCUUCCUGGCCCUCUGCACUCCGGUCCCACGGCUGGCUGCCGAGGGCGAUGCUGGCUCUCAGGACGACCUGUUCCACAGCACGCAUGCUCUGGACAUGACGUUUACCGAUGUCACGGAGAGUGUCAUCUACCACCUCGGCUACCACAGGGAGGAGCUGAUCGGUCAGUCGUGGUACAGCCUCCUGCACCCCGAGGACACUGACCUCGCAGCUGCCCAGCACAGGGCUGUGGGUGAGUGUCAGGCCUGGAACUGUCCGUGUCCUCCUCUACCCUGGUCUGGCUACACCCAAGACCAGGAUGGUUGGGACAAAGCAGAUUUAGUCCUGCUCACUGUAAAAAGGAGGAAGCAGAGGGUUAGUUACAUGCCUACGGGGGUUUGCGAGCACACGGACGGCUGCUGAGCUGGGGGCCACCAGCACUCUGCCCUGGCACAGUGAGGGGACACACGCAGAGGCGGGACGAUCCCCCUUGAGCCCCGUUUCUCCGAGCGUCCCCGCCCCCCUAACGCCUCCCCUUGCCCGCAGCGCUGGGGCCGGGGCCGGGGCCGGCCGCGAGCCCCGCGGUGCUGCGCGUGCUCCGCAGGGACCGCACCUGGGCCUGGCUCCGCGUGUGGGCGCGAAGGGGCCGCGGCCUCAUCGCCUGCUCCAGCCGCAGCCUCAG